UCAGACAAGAGACGGGGCCGUGUGCCUGAAUGGAUGCGCCCACCAAUGCAAAAUGGCCUGCUCGAAGGCCGUCUCUAGAUCGUCCUUGUGGUAGGUGUCGGGCCCUUUGUCGAUCCUGAAUGGACGAGAAGUCACAGCGAGGGAGACAUUGUCCAUUUGUGUCUCUGCAUUCCCCUCCCUCCCUCCCUUACUCGUCGACUAUCAUUUCGAUGGUAUCCCUGAAGAACUCAUAGAUCUUCGGGAGCGUCGGCCCAUAAGGCGUCAUGUCGCCCAGCCCCAGCAGGUGCUCCAGCAGCUCCUUGACCUCGGCAGCGGUCGACUCUGCAUCCAUGAAUGCAUCAAUCAACACAAAUGUGGCAGCACUGCAGAAGUGUCGCUCACCACCCACCGGGCAGCAUUCCACAGAUGUCAUCUAUACACUUGUUGUCCGCCUUGUCGCGGGCCUUGAGGUAUCUGCCGGCCGCCGCCACCACGGUGGGGUGGUCCUUGCCGCCCGGCCGUUUCUCCGCUAUGGCCUGGGCCGUCGCCUCGCUCAGCGCCCUUGAGGCGGCGCGGAACUCGUCGCCCUCGAAGGCCUUGGUCGUCACCAUGGCCAGGCAGGUCCGCACACCAGCACACAGGUCCCCUCUGAGAGGACAUCGCGAAGACAGGCGAUGAGAUGGAUAUCUUGGCUCCUUUAUUCGCUUACCCCCCGGUCCACAUGAGGCCUUUGAACGCGUUGGUCCCUCGCAUCGACCAGUUGCGGCCGACGAAGAUUGGCUCCAUCUGCCACGGCUGGAUGUCCAUUGCCCUCGACGCAUCGAUGAGCUUGGGCAUGAAGGGCGCCGUCAAGCUAAACAUAAUGUUACCCUUGCUCAGGUCCUGGUGGGCCUUGCCCGCGGCAUGGAACUGCUGCAGGGCACAAACCUGCACGCAUGCUCAUACAAACAUCUCGUAAGAUGGAGUUUUCCCAUUGGGUUCAUCCUUUCUCUGAUGCAUCCAUUCGUACCACGCCAUCGCACGUCUACAGGGCGGCCUUGAUGGGCAUGGGCCGGUUCAUCUUGGCCUCGUACUCCCUCGUGAGGUCGGAGGCGUCGCAUUGGAGUUUCUCCAUGACGAGAAUGGUCUUAACGCUCCCGCCCCCGACCUCACACUUGGCGCACAUGAUAAUCCGGGCACACGCGGCUCCUCGCUCUUCGUUCUGGCGGCCUCGUUCACCGCGGACAGCACCUCCCGCUCCCUGGUGAUGUACUCAUCAUUCCGGUGGGCUGAC